UGCGCCCGCGGCUCAGGACGGAGGCCAGCGCUGACCCGAGGCCGGCAGCCGGCACGGCUCUCGGAACAUGGCAACCUGUGUGUGGCUCCUUCAGGAAGGAGAGGAGUAACCAUCGUGAUGCCUAAGAGUCGAGGCUGACGUUUCCGCAGGUUCUCCACCACCACCGCUGCCAAGUUCUCUCCUCUCUCCAGACCACUGCUCCGCACGGGGGGCUCUGGAGACAUGGCAGAAAAUGGAGACGAGAAACAGACUCAGGCUGGGCAGAUUUUUCAAAACUUUGUCCAGGCCACCACAUGCAAAGGUACCCUCCAGGCCUUCAACAUCCUCACGAGACACCUGGACCUCGACCCUCUGGACCACAGGAACUUCUAUUCCAAACUCAAGUCCAAGGUGACCAGCUGGAAGGCCAAAGCCCUGUGGCACAAGUUGGACAAGCGUGGGUCCCACAAAGAAUAUAAGCGAGGGAAGUCAUGCACAAACACCAAGUGUCUCAUCAUUGGGGGAGGACCGUGCGGCUUGCGCACUGCCAUUGAACUUGCCUACCUGGGGGCCAAAGUGGUCGUGGUGGAGAAGAGGGACACCUUCUCCCGCAACAAUGUGCUGCACCUCUGGCCGUUCACCAUCCACGAUCUGCGGGGCCUGGGAGCCAAGAAGUUCUACGGGAAGUUCUGUGCGGGCUCCAUCGACCAUAUCAGUAUUCGUCAGCUGCAGCUCAUUCUCUUCAAGGUGGCCCUGAUGCUGGGAGUUGAAAUUCACGUGAAUGUGGAGUUUGUGAAGGUUCUAGAGCCUCCUGAAGAUCAAGAAAACCAAAAAAUUGGCUGGCGGGCAGAGUUUCUCCCUGGGGAUCACUCUCUGUCGGAGUUUGAAUUUGAUGUCAUCAUUGGUGCUGACGGCCGCAGGAACACUCUGGAAGGGUUCAGAAGGAAAGAAUUCCGUGGGAAGCUGGCUAUUGCAAUCACUGCCAACUUCAUCAACAGAAACAGCACGGCUGAGGCCAAGGUGGAAGAGAUUAGCGGCGUGGCUUUCAUCUUCAACCAGAAAUUCUUCCAGGACCUCAAAGAAGAAACAGGGAUUGAUCUUGAGAACAUCGUCUACUACAAGGACAGCACCCACUACUUUGUCAUGACAGCCAAGAAGCAGAGCCUGCUUGACAAAGGGGUCAUCAUUAACGACUGCAUCGACACUGAGAUGCUGCUGUGUGCAGAGAACGUGAACCAGGACAACCUGCUCGCCUACGCCCGAGAAGCUGCAGACUUUGCCACCAAUUACCAGCUGCCAUCGCUGGACUUUGCCAUGAACCAUUACGAGCAGCCCGACGUGGCCAUGUUUGACUUCACCUCCAUGUACGCCUCCGAGAAUGCGGCCCUGGUGCGUGAGCGCCGCGCCCACCAGCUGCUCGUGGCCCUCGUGGGCGACAGCUUGCUCGAGCCCUUUUGGCCCAUGGGCACGGGCUGCGCCCGAGGCUUCCUGGCAGCCUUUGACACGGCGUGGAUGGUGAAGAGCUGGGACCAGGGCACCCCUCCCCUGGAGCUGCUGGCUGAAAGAGAAAGUCUGUACCGGCUGUUACCUCAAACCACCCCAGAGAACAUCAACAAGAACUUUGAGCAGUACACAGUGGACCCAGGAACACGGUACCCAAACCUCAACUCCCACUGCGUCAGACCCCAUCAGGUGAAGCAUCUGUACAUCACGAAGGAGCUGCCCUGCUGCCCUCUGGAGAGGGUGGGCUCCGUGAGAAGAUCCGCUGGCCUCUCCAGGCGAGAGUCAGACGUCCGGCCGAGCAAGCUCCUAACCUGGUGCCAGCAGCAGACCGAGGGCUACCAGCACGUCAGCAUCACUGACAUGACCAGCUCGUGGCGCAACGGCCUGGCCCUGUGCGCCAUCAUCCACCGCUUCCGGCCAGAGCUCAUCAACUUCGACGCUUUGAAUGAAGACGAUGCGGUGCAGAACAACCAGCUAGCAUUUGAUGUGGCCGAGCGGGAGUUCGGGAUCCCCCCAGUCACCACUGGGAGGGAGAUGGCGGCAGGCCAGGAGCCCGACAAGCUCAGCAUCGUCAUGUACCUCUCCAAGUUCUACGAGCUCUUCCGAGGCACCCCGCUGAGGACUGUGGAUUCUUGGGGCAAAUACUAUGGAGAAAAUGCUGACCUCAGCUUGGCCAAAGCAUCCAUUUCUAAUAAUUAUCUCAACCUCACAUUGCCAAGGAAGAGGACCCCACGAGUGGACGGCCAAACGGAGGAGAACGACGUGAACAAGCGGAGGCGGAAAGCCUUCAGCCACCUGGAUGAGCUUUCAAGCUUCUCCAGCAAAAGCCUCGGCUCCGGUCCAGACCCCGGGAGUGUUAAAGAUGGUGGAAAUCAGAACAAAGUCAAGUCCAUUGCCAACCAGCUGCUGGCCAAAUUCGAGGAGAGCACUGUGAACCCUUCGCUCCAGAAGCAGGACUGCCGAGGCGGCGCGGGGAGAGGUAAGCCCGUCCUGUGCUCUUCCUCUACCUCUCCUGUUAACCCUCGCUGCCCUAAGCCGAAGGAACCCACACCCAGCCCACCACCUCCUCUGAAAAGGCAGCUCGCAUCGGUGGCUGUGCCCAGGCACGUGCGCAGAGAGCUACAGCAAGUGUCUGCUGGUGGCGAGGGCACCAUCAGGCCCUGGAGAGCCAGGGCCAAGUCGGACCUGCAGCUGGGUGGGCCCGAAAGUCCUACCUGUCCCGGAGCGCUGGCCCUCUCAGGGGUGCUGCGACGCCUGCAGGAGGUGGAGGAAAAGAUUCUGCAGAAGAGGGCUCAGAACCUGGCCAGCAGGGAAUUUCACCAAAAGAACAUUAAGGAGAAGGCGGCUCACCUGGCCUCCAUGUUUGGACACGAGGACCUCCCGCAGAAUAAACUACCCUCACAAGGCCUAGCUCAUCCGCAUCCUCCAUCUUCUCCCUCUUGCCUUCCAUCUGCUGCUCCGGCCGCUACUUCCUCGCCGUCAACUCUUGUCUCUGCUUCUCCUGCCAGAAAGCUGACGGUAGGGCGAGUGUCCAGCGGCAUAGGGGCUGCGGCUGAAGUCCUGGUCAAUCUGUACUUGAAUGAUCACAGACCUAAGACCCAGGCCAUCUCUCCCGACCUGGAUUGUGCACGCAAGGUGUGCCCCCCGAGCCUCGGAGGCAGCGACACCUGUUACUUCUGUAAGCGGCGUGUGUACGUGAUGGAGCGGCUGAGCGCCGAGGGCCACUUCUUCCACCGCGAGUGCUUCCGCUGCAGCGUCUGCACCACCACCCUGCGUCUGGCCGCCUACGCCUUCGACUGUGAAGAAGACAAGUUUUACUGCAAGCCUCAUUUCAUUCACUGUAAGACCAGUAACAAACAGCGCAAGAGACGGGCUGAGUUGAAGCAACAAAGAGAGGAGGAGGAGCCGUGGAGCGAUCAGGAAGUCCCUCCUCGAGAAAUUCCCACGGAAAGUCCUUGCGCAGCUGUAGCCAUCAGCACCCCCGAAGGCAGCCCCCCAGAUCAACCCACCUCCCCCAAGAAAUCAAGGAGUGUCCCAGAGCCAGAGCCCAGUGGCGUGGAAGGCGGCGCGCUCUCUCCCCCAGCCUCCGAGUGGACCUCAGUGAGGAUCAGCCCUGGGGAAGAUGCGGUCGGCCAGGACGUGAUGGCCGUGUGUGUGUUGGUCACCAGUGAUGAUAGCAGCUCUGAAACAGAGUCUGACUGUAGCAACAAGCCCCCCCACGCAGAGCCCUUUGAGGAGAGACCCCAGCAGCUGGAACCCCAAGCCCUCACCCGGCACACCUCCCUGAGGGAAGCCCUGGAUAGAGUUCUCUCUCCACAGCACCCUGAGGAGUCCAAAGCUAUGCAUGCCCUGCGACGAGCCAACAGCUUCCAGAGUCCGACUCCAAGCAAAUAUUCCAACUGGAGAAGGAAAUUCCAGUCGAAUUUGAUGCCAGUGGACAACAAAAGAGCUAGCUUGCCCCCGAUGGAAACCCCUCCUUCUCUUUCAUCUUCGCUGUCCUCUCCAUCCUCCUCUUCCCCGUCUUCUCCAGCCAGCACUCCAGACCCUGCGCCCCAUGCCUCCUCCUUACCGCAGGUCUCACAAAGUCAGGAAGUCAAGACCUCCAACACAAACUUUCCGGGGCCAACCAGCACCCCAGAACCACCCAAGGAGAUCCCCCUCUACUUGCCUCAUCAUGAAGUCCUGGAGCGGGCAGAAUACUGCCUGGUGAGUCCUGGGCACGAUGGCCUCCCGAGCCUCAGGCCACGGAACCCAGAGGAGAUGGGCUCUGCUGGGUGUCAGGCAGUGCAAGCUGCCUCUGGGAACACGAGAAGCAUCCACAGAGGCUUACAGCCCCAUGGGGAAAAGGACAGGUGUUGGACAGACAGACCGCGCUCUCUCGAGGCUGCAGAGGACACGGGAGAAAGGAGUACCGGACCAAGGAGGGAAGAGGGAGGGCCGGAGAUGGCAGAGGAGAAGAAGUCAGGCUUAAAAAAGCUCGUCCUCACCCCGGAGCAGAAGAGCAAGCUGCUGGAUUGGAAUGACGCCAUCCCAGCGAACUUGCGGCCUGACUCUGGGGAGCAACCUUCCCAGAGAAGUCUGGAGUGUGGGAAAGGAGGCCGGGUCCUGAAACCGGUCCGUCCCUUGACGCUUCCUCAGGCAACUAGAGAGACACUGCCAUCCCACAGGCACACCGAGGAAAAGGUGGGCGCCCCGGCUGAACAGGCUUCUCCGGGAGAGCGAAGCCCAGCCCCGCCAAAGUCCCCUCUGCGCCUCAUUGCAAAUGCCAUCCGAAGGUCCCUGGAGCCCCUGCUCCCCAACUCCGAAGGUGGGAGGAAGGUCUGGGCCAAGUCGAAAUCGAAGACUCUGCCCACCGGCCAGCCUCCCCCUUGUGCUCGCUCACAGAGCCUGCGGAAAACCAUCUCCAAUAAAAACUGGUACCAGCAGUCCCAAGGGAGAGACACAGCGGGUAGGGCCUCCUCCUUCUUCCCUCCUGGCCCAGUCCUGCGCACCCACAGCUUACCCAACCGUCCAUCCAAGGUCCUCCCUGUGUACUCACCCGGCAGCAAGAUGGAAGAUGUCCCCACGCUCCUGGAGAAAGUGAGCUUGCAGGAGACCUCGCCAGAUGCUUCAAGGGCACCUAACCUAAGACCCUCCCUCUUUUCCUCCCUGAGACUCAAAGACAGACCUUUUGAGAAUUUCCUCCAAGAAUCCAGACGAAGAAUGGACCUUCGAGACCUCUUUAGCAGCCCUAAAGACAAGAUAGUGCCCACAGACAAAGCCCACCCCCUGGAGAUUGUGGGGCAGCCUCUCAGUCAGACUCCCCUGGGGCCGAUGGGCCAGCCUCCUUCUGCAAGAGACUCAAGGCCCAAGCACAUCCCCGUUCAAGCACAGGCCACAGAGCGCGCCUCCUCCCUCUCCUCCACCUCCUCCUCCUCUGCGGAUGAAGAACUCGAUCCCCAGCCUGCCUUGCGGUCAAAGGAGAGGAAGACGAUUAGAAGAAGGAGGAAACUGGAGACAGAAACAAAGCAACUGGUUAAGCAAGAAGAAUUGAAGAGACUUCACAAAGCUCAGGCCAUUCAGAGGCAGCUGGAGGAGGCGGAGGAGUGGCAGAGGGCCUUCGAGAUCCAGGGUGUGAGGCUGGAGAAAGCGCUCAGAGGAGAAGCAGAUUCAGGUGCACACGAUGAAGCACAGCUUUUGCAGGAAUGGUUUAAGCUGGUUCUGGAGAAGAAUAAAUUAACUCGCUAUGAGUCGGAGCUACUGAUCAUGGCCCAGGAACUGGAACUAGAAGAUCAUCAAAGCAGACUGGAGCAGAAAUUAAGGGAGAAGAUGCUCAAGGAUGAGACCCUGAAAGAUGAGGAGGACCGAAAUGAGGAGCAAACACUAUUCACCGAGAUGAUGCAAGUGAUCGAGCAAAGGGACAAACUCGUGGAAUCCUUGGAGAAGCAGCGCAUCCAGGAAAAGGCUGAAGACCAGCACCUGGAGCGCUUCGUAUUCUCCAGGGGCCGCCCGCUCAGCGGGACGUGAGCUCCGCCCCCGGCCCUCUCCCCCACUGUCUGCAAGCUGAGGGCUGCCGGCCAGACCAGGCAUACCUCCCCUGCGCAGCGGCCCCUUUUGCGGGAGUUUGCAGACCUAGAACUUAAACUGUACCCCCCUGAGAAAUUAAAAUGCUCUCUGAGGCACCACCGCUGCCCAAGAUCCUUUCAGAGAUUUUAAUGAAGAAAAUACAAAGACUCUUUUGAGACUGGCAACCAAGUCAGCAGGCCUCUCAAAUGGACAGUGCCGUUGGCAACUAACCAGCAUUGUUUCCCGGAGAAGGACACAGAGAAUCGACUGUCCCGCCCAAUUCACUGACUUACAGAGCCUCAGAUUUUCAAAAAGCUGCUUUCCCCCUCUAGAUAUAUCCAUAUUCGCACCUCCCCCCUUUUCUUAACGGAUGACUGGCUUCCAAAUGUCAGCAAGCAGCAGCAGCAGCAGUUAAAGAUUAGGUUAAUAUUUAAAGUGUGUUUCCAGAGAAAGAGACGAAAUCUUGAGAUUACUGAUUACAUAAAGCAAAUAACGCACAAGGCAGGUGUUAAUUCAAUCCAGGGCGAAUGUCAUCUACCAGGCAUAUUUGUAAGCCUAAUACAACAUACAGAAGCAAUGAGAGUGUAAUAGAACAUUCGAGCCUUAAUGUUACUUUAAGAGACAGAGAGAAAGGGGGAAAACCAAGAAACUUCCCAGCGUUUGACGGAGGCAUGCCUUCUGUUCCCUGCACUCCGCUUUGGGCCCAGCUGCAGAAUGGCAAGCAUGUCUGGAACAUGCCGCAUCUUGACUGCAUCUCUAAGCUGUGAGUGACGUGAACCAGGAGAGCCUUCCCUUUGGCUGUUGAAAUGCUGGUGAUGUCGAUGCUGCUGCUGAGAAAACAGACCAGUGGUGCAGAGCGAGGCCUGCCCCUCAAACGUGGGCUUCUGCCCGCGAGAGGAACAGCAGCAGCAUUUUCUCUAGGGUUUGUCCAGAUGCUACAGGACCAGGCCCCCCCCCCCACGUCUAACAUCACUGUGGAGCAGAUUCCAGUGACGUCAUUGACCACAUCUGUUGUUGUUUUGUCUGUUUGUGUUGUUUAAUGGCAUUUCCAAUGUGAAAAGAGAGCAGAGAUGGAGGCUGUGCACCAAUCUGCCGGACCUCGUGGGACGUCUCAGUGGGGCUGUCUGAGGAAGAGAAGAUUUAACAGUGUGACCUGUUGUAGUAAAAUGUUCCUUUGUGGUCUCCCAGGGGGAUUAUUUGAAGAUUCCGUCUGUUAUCACCGAGAG